UAGAUUAGGCUAGGUUAGGUUAGGCUAAAGUAGGCUAGGUUGUGCUAGGCUGGGCUGAGCUGGGCUGGGCUGACUGAGGAUAAGGGCAAAUACAGUGGAAGUAUUUGGGUAUAAAAACUUCUUUCUCGGGAAGUGCAGUGCUGUUCCUGCUUAGUACUACAUACGGUGACGUCGUGGGGUGGGGUAAGAGGAAAGAGGAGGGGUGAUCUCCUAACAAACAGCUGUUGCAGCUGCAGAAAGGAAAAAGGAGAAAGCUCUGGAGCAGCAGCAGCAAUCCGACCCCUGCAACAGCUUUACCAUGAACAUGUACCUGUUUGUGUAUGACUUAAUGCAAUUCUGUGGACAUUCUUGGAUAUUUACAAAUAUGAUCAUCAGGUUCAUGACAUUUGGAAAAGAUUCACUGGCUGACACAUUUCACUCCAUAGGAAUGGUGAUGCGCCUUUGCCAGUUGCUAUCUGUCCUGGAGAUCCUACACAUCCUCAUCGGCAUUGACAAAAGCCGUCUCUUCCCCAGGUUUUUGCAGAUCACUGAGAGAAUAAUUAUUUUAUUUGUCGUGAUCAACAGUCAGGAAGAAGUUCAAGGGAAAUAUGUCGUCUGUGUUUUAUUUUUCCUUUGGAAUUUAUUAGAUGUGGUCAGGUACACUUACAAUAUGUUGGCAAGGAUGGGUAUAUACUACCUACCACUAACGUGGCUCAACUUCUCACUGUGCAUCGUGCUUUAUCCCCUUUCAGUUCUAGCUAAAGGAUUUGCAAUUUGUGUAUCACUGCCUUAUUUUGAAUCCUUUGGCACAUACUCCACCAAGCUACCAUUUCCAUUCACCUUCUCAAUCUACUUCCCCUAUGUUCUAAAAAUGUACCUGCUAGUGCUCUUUGCAGGUAAGUAUCUCAUCUUCCAGAAAGCUGGGUCUCAACACAACUGGGAUGCCCUUGCAACAAAAAAUCAAAUCUGUACCGGGCCUUUCACAAACUCUCUCUAACUACAUCUCCUGCAGACCACUGCAGAAAAGUGCAUCACUACCUGUAGUGAAGAUUUCCAGUAUCUUUUAAAUACAAAUAGUUAAAUAUGCAAGAUACACUAUGCAUAUGGUGCAUAAAACCACAAACCUACAGAAGUUUUUUCAGUGAUGCUAGCCUUGCAGCUAUUUAGUGAAACUUGCUUUUUUGUUUAUUUCUUUUAAUCAAUUCCCAUUUGAUCAUAUGCUGGUUCUGUGUAAGUGUUCCUCGCUCAUAACUCCUAGCUGGGAUGAAAAAUUAUAUCUAAAUUAAGACUUGCAUGUAAACAGAUCCCUUCUCCUUGUCAUCUAAACAUUUUGGAAAAAUUUCAACUGAAAAUUUAGUUGCAUCAUACAGAAGUCUUUGUUCUUUCAUUGGCUUUAAUGUGAAUUUGAAGGAUCUCAUCUUUAUGAUGGAGUGUUCUGUUCCUAAGUACAUGCAAGCUUGUACUUAAUAAGGAACUAUGCAAGCUUGUCAGAUGAAGGCUCUUACAGUUCCUUCUAAAUUAAUUGUAGACAGUUUGAAUUCUAGUCCUUUGUUCUUACACUGUUUUAUGUUUUGAUUCAGGUAUGUGCUUUAUCAUCCAGAACCUCUUCUCUGAGAGAAUGGCACACCUAGGGACAGACAACAUCAAAAAUAAAAGAAGCUAAGUUGAUAUUUUGUUUGGAAGGACAAAAUAUAUUCCUAGGAGAUUGCUGCACAUCAUAGUUAAAAACAAACUGGAAAAAGAUUUCUCAAUGCAAAGCUCCUCUUGGCAUGAACAUUAUCUGGCUGUGUAAAAUUUUCAGAAAAGGCAGAUCUCUUGAGUGCACCUCAAAAAUACAGCAGCUUUUGAAAACUUUUGAAUGUUUUGACUUCAAGUGGGCAGAGUUUUUAAAAUUAAUUUUUUUUCUAAUAUAUGUUACAGAAUUCUGAAAAAAAUUGAAAUGUGUUACAACUCACAGCCAGACCCGUAUUUCAGUGUUAAUUCUGAUCUAUAGCUACAGAUAUUCUGUAAUGGUAUUACAGAUAUUCUGUAAUAUCAUUUAAUCUGUAAAAUAACUUUAUACUAGGCCAACAUAUAUGUACCUCACAUAUAAAUGCUAAAUUGGCUGGAACUGGAAUCUCUCAAGGAGCAGAAGUCAGAACCUUUGCAGCAUAGAAACUAACAUGAUGAUUAAUCUAGGCGUUCACUAAGGAUCCUUCACACUCUGGCCCCAUCCUUCAGUUAUCAAAAGACGGUUCCAGAAAAUGCAGCUAAAUCAGAAAGGCAAGUGUUAAGGUAUUCAUCUACUAUAUAUUCAAGGGGAUGUUUAAGUGUCAGAAAUAAACACUUCUAAUAAUGUGUUUGGCAUGUCAGUCUCUUCCCCCACAAUGAUUUUCUUCCAUGCUGAACAGCAGACAGAUAUGUGCAAAAGAAGUGUGAUGUAGUCAGGUCAAAUAAUAUGUUGUUCCUAAAAGGGAACUGAAUGACUGUCAAAAGCCAUGUGCAAAAUUCUAGGCAUUUUACUCAGUUGUAUUGCUCCUUGUACUUCUCUACAAUAAACUGCGAGAAUGCAACUAGAACAUCGGCUUUUCAAAGGUUGGCAAUGAGGAAUAUAUACAGCAACCCACUGGAUUAUACAGGCAAGAAUAGCCAAAUAAUUCCUUAGAGACUGGCAGGAGCUUUUCUGAUGUUUCAUCUGUACUGAUUAUCACCUAUGUUUCAAUUCAAGCAUGUGGGGAAGAAAAGUGAGGCUUUUUUUUUUUUUUUCUAGCUGACUGAAAACUGUGGGAAGGGAUUGUAGGAAUACAAUCUAUUCCUAGAUUGUAGGAAUAUGAGAGAAGGUAAUAUUUAAAGGGAAACUAAAUACUAUUAAAAUAUGAAGAGGCUUUUGCCUGCAUGACUUUUCAAACCAUGCAGCCGAAGAGGUUAUAUACGGAAACAGUGAAGCUAAAUUAUUUUGUUAUGAAAGGUCACCUACUAUAAUUUUUAUUUAUUUAAUACAUGUGGCAGACAAUGCUUGCAGACUCUUUUGACCACCAAGUAUUUGCAGACCAUAAGGAACAAGAUCACGCUUAGAAUAGUAUAGUGUCAACCCUGGAUUAGUUUUUUUCAAACCACUGCAAACAGAAAUUUGGAACUUUGUAGAGAGGCAGGAGUGCUUUCACUCUGGGCUUCUGUCUCACCCAAACUGAUUCAAUUGUGAACAGUGUUAAGAAACAUAUAGAACAGCUGAGUAAGAUGACAGUUUUGAAGACAGCCAGAGUAAAUCCACAUUAAACCACUAUAUAGCUUCCUAAAGUUGAAACAUUAACUUUCCCUUGGAAAUUCAAUCCAACAUGCCAGAAACAGCUGAUUCCAUCCAGUUCCAAAAUUGAGCUACUGCAAGACAAUGCUGUACCAAACAGCAAAGAUGACGGCAUGCCAUUUCUUUGAAAACUUAAGAAAAGGUAAGAAAUGUUAUGCAGCAGCUGUGAGAAAAAUGUCAGAGAAACAGCUCUGUAGACACCAAGGUCAAUGGAGAAGCAGAGGAAGAGCUCCUCUAGGCACUGCAGCAGAUUUCUCUGUGGGUCAUGAAGAAGCCCAUGGUGGACCAGGUUGUCCCUCUGCAACCUAUGGAGAAACACAUCAGACAGGAUAUCCACAUGGCAGCCUGUGGAGAACCCUAGGCUGGAGCAGGUGGCUGUGCCCUGAGGGAAUCUGCAGCCCAUGGAGAGCUCACACAAGCAAAGCAGGAACUGUGGGCCAUUAGGGACCCCCACUGAGGCAGCUUUUUCCUAAUGGACUGAAGAGCUGCAUCUUGUGAGAAGAAACCAUGAAGGACUGUGUCUCAUGGGAGGGACCCCAUGCUGGAGCUGAGCAACAGUGAAAAAACAAACAAGAAGCAGAUAUUAAGGUUUAUUACCUAAGUGCAAUCUUCACACCCACCUUGUACUGCUUGGGGGAGGGAGGAGGUAGAAAAUGCAGGAAUGAAGGAGUAAAGUGAACCUAGGAAGAAGGGAGGUGUAGGGGGGAGUUAGUUUUAGUUUUGCCUUUUUUCUUUCCAUCCUACUCUAUUUUUAAUUGGCAAUAAAUUUUUCUUUGACAAGUUGAA